AUGGAGGGGCAGAGCGGCCGCUGCAAGAUCGUGGUGGUGGGGGACGCGGAGUGCGGCAAGACGGCGCUGCUGCAGGUGUUCGCCAAGGACGCCUACCCCGGGAGUUAUGUCCCCACCGUGUUUGAGAACUACACCGCGAGCUUUGAGAUCGACAAGCGCCGCAUUGAGCUCAACAUGUGGGACACUUCAGGUUCCUCUUAUUAUGAUAACGUCCGGCCUCUGGCCUAUCCUGAUUCAGAUGCUGUGCUCAUCUGCUUCGACAUUAGCCGACCAGAAACACUGGACAGUGUCCUCAAAAAGUGGCAAGGGGAGACUCAGGAGUUUUGCCCCAAUGCCAAGGUUGUGCUGGUUGGCUGUAAACUGGACAUGCGCACCGACCUGGCCACACUGAGGGAGCUGUCCAAGCAGAGGCUUAUCCCUGUUACACAUGAGCAGGGCACUGUGCUGGCCAAGCAGGUAGGGGCUGUGUCCUACGUGGAGUGCUCCUCUCGGUCCUCUGAGCGCAGCGUCAGGGAUGUCUUCCAUGUGGCCACAGUGGCCUCCCUUGGCCGUGGCCAUAGGCAGCUGCGUCGUACUGACUCACGCCGUGGACUGCAGAGAUCUGCUCAGCUGGCAGGCCGGCCGGAUCGGGGGACUGGGACCGAGAGCGAGAUACACAAGGAUCGAGCCAAGAGCUGCAACCUCAUGUGAGGGGCCGGCGUGGGGCAGAGUGUAAGGAGGGGCGGUGAGGGCAAAGCUGUUCCCUGCUGCACCUGACUUCCGGACCGCCUGACUCUGGUAGGGACCUCAGGGCAGGCUGAGGGAGCGCUUCUCCUGGGCAGGAGAGCUGAAGGCAGAAGG